AUGACCGAAGAAGAAGAUAACAAUCCAGAAGAACUGACUGAUGAUGAAAACAAUAUUGAGUCUAUGUAUGAAAGUGUGGAAGAAAUUACGUCUCAACAAACACAAAACUCCAGUAAAGAUAAUAAUUCUCCUCAUAAAACUAUACGUAAAAGAGGACGACCUAGAAAGAAUAAAACUAAUAAAAAUUCAUUUGAUCAAGAAAAUACAACAGAUUCUGAAAUGGAAUCAACUGUAACAGACAGAGGUGAUAGGGCGGCACUACAUUACACACGUUCAGCAGAUCAGUCAGAAACCUUACAGGAGCCAAGAAAUUGUGAUGUUAGACAUAUAUCAUUGAGAAAUAAAUCUAUACCCAUAACACAGGCAUUUGAUCUGUCUGCGGAGGACGAUUAUACGGAUAUGACGUUAGGAAAUUUCAAAGAUGCUGCCUGUAGCACACCAAAUUCACGCCGCAAUUCAUUUCGCAAACCAGCAAAACCAUCUACUAUAACUACCAACCAAGCAGCAACAGAAUCUGAAUCGGGGUCAACAACUAGUGAUUGUUCUACACGUCGUCCUUCGCGUCAGUGUAAACCAAAAGAUUUGGCUGAGCCAAAAAUAGGAGUAAAAUUAAGAAAUGAAAGUAAAGCAAAAUCAUUGGGUAAAUCCAAAGUGAAAUCAAUGGGUAAAUCCACAAAGAAAUCGGAUACCAAAAAAUAAAGGUUUAACAUUUAGUUUCGUUUUUAAUAAUAACGAUUUUUUUUUAAUUC